CGUCCUCCCUUUCGGCACAUCAGAGCAGGACUCGUUGUUAACAAGGAGAAGGGCUCAUUAUCCUACAUGAGGCCUUAAAAGCUGAACUCUCGGGGCAUUGUUCAUUGUUCCGUCAUGGAGGAGAGUUUUUUCAAGUCUGCGCUGCCUGUGCAGGACUACCUGCAGCUGAAGGACACCAGCCUGGCUCUACCGACCGAACCGACUAACAGCUCCUCGGCGAGGACUGAGUCAGCAGGGAAGAACCUGCGGGUCCAGAGGCAGGUUCAGCUUUCACUGCGACGGAAUACAAAGAAGGCUACAUCGAAUGGGGAAUUCAAGUUACAGGGAAUGACCUCCAGGAGCUUGGAUGAUGUAGAUAAAAUGUUUUCCCACACAAAGGUAAACAUGGCUGAUUUCAGCAGCCUUUCGUUAAAAGGAAACCAUUUUCAGGGGCCCAGGAGGAUGGCCUCGCACACAACACCAAACACAAGGCUCUCCCACCGCCGCUUUAUCCGCAGCAUUUCUGUUCACGGCACCUCUUCACCCUCCAGGCACAACCAUUUUCAGUCGGUGGUAGCUCUUAAGGACUGUGUUGCUGGCUCUAAUGCAGCUCAGCUGCACACUUUCUCAGGGAUUCUUCAAGGUACGGCCAUCCGUGCAGCCACGUCUCAACCUGGAAUGUAUAGGAGCAAAUCACUGAGGCGGUCAUUAGGAGGAAGGUAUCCGUCGGGAUCCAUGGCAUUCAAGCAAAGCCCUAGUAAUACCUGGAGUCACAGGCAAACAGUUGUAAAACAAGAUAAACGAACCGUACAGCAAGGUUUAUAUAACAUGGCUGGAACCACCCUGCCGGAGAGAGGCUUGAGCUGGCAGACUCGUGCUUCCCAGAGACAUCAAACAUCCCUGCCCUCCAUUGAGGCUGAGAGCUUGGAUAAAAGAAGGCGGGAGGAGACUGAGGUGGACGGUCAGCAGUGGCUCUUUAAUCAGAAGACUGUUAAAAAGCGUCCAGAGAUGACGAUUUUUAAGGCCUUCUCACUUCUAGACCUGACUGAUGAGGAAACCCUGGUCUCUGCCACCAGAUGCAUACAGUCCCGAUGUUUGGAUGAUGAUAAUAGAGAUUGGGUUUACAAUGUACGUGGAGUAUUAAAGCUUUUGAAAAUGCUCCAAAACGACAGCGAAGAGGUGCAACGCAACGCAGCAGGGGCUCUGCGAAAUGCCGUAUACGCCCACAAUGAUAACAAGACUGAGGUGAAGGCCUGUGGUGGCCUGGUUCUCAUCCUAGACGCGCUGGAAAACACGCGCGAUAAGGAGACCAUACACCAGCUUUCAGGUCUCUUGUGGAAUCUGUCUUCAGACGAUACAAUAAAGGAACAAUUCGAUGAAAAGGGGCUAAAUAUCAUCACAAAGUCGGUCUUGGUGCCCAGCUCUGGGAUGAAUGCAGCUGAAAACCCCAAAGAUGAAAUGAUCGCUGACCCCAAGGCUUUCCACUGCGCUACAGGCUGUCUACGAAAUCUAAGCUCUGCCGGCCCAAACGUCAGGAGAGCUAUGAGGAAGUGCAAAAAUCUCAUAGACUCGCUGGUUUACUAUAUUCAAGGGACCAUAGCCAGCCGUAAACCUGAUGACGAUUCCACAGAAAACUGUGUCUGCAUCCUGCAAAACCUGACUUAUCAAGCUGAGUGUGACUUUGAUUUCCAAAGCAUCAACGAUCGCAAAGAGGUUCACAAAAAUUCAACCUUUGGAUGUUUUUCCAAGAUCAGCACCAAGAUUCCAAAGGAGGCGAAGGACUCUCCACAUGCAGUGAGCUUAGAACAGUGGGAGCUGAAAGAGAUGAAAGGAGCCGAGUGGCUAUAUAGUAAGUCUGCUGUGCGGGUGUAUCUGUCUCUGUUGGCCUGCAGCAAGCGGAGCUUGACACAGCAGGCUGCCAUCGGGGCACUGCAGAAUCUCACAGCUGGAAAGGGAGAGAUCUCCGAACAUACUGCCUGCACUUUAGUUGAGGCUGAAAAUGGACUCCAGAAAAUUAAGAUGGUUUUAGAUGAUGGCGACAACAAGUUAAAGAAACCAGCCAUAUAUCUGACGAAAAACCUUUCCUGCUUUCCGAAACUUCACCCUGAAAUCUUCGGUCAACUGAUUCGAGGGAUUUUGAGCACGCUGCAAAGUUCUGACACAGAUUUCUCUAGUGAGGUGGGAAAGCCAGUGUUUCAAAUCUUGUUAAACCUGAGCCAGACGGAUGUGCAUCACGCCAAAUAUAUCAUCAAAGAUAAAGCCGUGGUAAAGUUUUUAAGGAGCAAGCAUAAAGGGUUAGUGGAAACUCAGGAUGUUUUACCUUAUUAAGCUGUAUGUGACCAUUAACCAUUUCCGUUAUUGAUCCAGUGAAAUGGAAACGGUAUUAAAUGAACUUCUGAGAGUGCUGUGGAGCGAGAAAUCUCUUCAAAAGAAACUAGAAGAAAUGAAUAUAAGAAAACCCACAAAACCGAAAGGAAGACUAUCAAAAAAAAACGAAACGUGAGGCUGUGAAGUGUAGCAGCGGAACAUCAAACCUAAUUCACUUUUUCCAAAGCAU